AUCAGGUGUGUACAGGCUGACUCAUUUUCACCACCGAGGAGUGUAUUCACACACAAAAAAGGCCCUUUUACUUCGGUAGUCUCGGCGACAUUUGCGUUCAUGACUCCGUUCAGUAAACGUACAUGAGGGGACUUUUCCAGAGGAAUUAAGCCGCCGGAGCUGAGGCGGUAUCAAUGUUUGAGCCUAUGUGUCGGAUAUGGCUUCUGCUUCUCCUGGGAGGAUUCGUGGUGCCAGGGGUGCGGCAUGUCAGUGGAAUAGUUAUUUCCACUCCCAAAGAAGUGGAAGCAGUCAACGGGACCAAUGUGAAACUGAAGUGCACCUUCACUACCAGUCAUCCAGUGUCAGCUCAGUCCGUCGCAGUGUCCUGGAACUUCCGACCCAUAAAUUCAGGAUCUGAGGAGUCGGUGUUCUACUACCAGGAGGUGCCAUAUCCUCCCCAGCAAGGGCGUUUUAAAGGCCGGGCGGUGUGGUCAGGAGACGUUAUGAGACAAGAUGCUUCCAUCACUCUGCAUGAGGUGCCUCCAACCUUUAAUGGCACCUACAUCUGCCAGGUGCGCAACCGUCCAGAUGUGCAUGGCAGCAACGGAGAGAUUGUCCUCAGAGUCGUCAACAAAGUUUCCCUCUCUGAAAUCGGCAUCCUGGCAGCGGCAGUUGGGGGCGCCUGCGCUGUAAUCCUUGUCCUCCUCGGUAUCUUCGUGGCGGUGAGAUACUUCAGGAGAAAGCGCAUGGAGCCUGACACUGAGGUGAAUGUGCGGGAACAGGAAUGGAAGGACCCGACUGUGUGUUUACCCGAAGAGGCUGUUCACCUGACAGUUGUGACGAAGGAGAAAGAAGCCGAUAGUUCAGAUGAUGAAGAGUCUGAAGGCAGCAGUGGAGAUGAUGAGGAAGAGGAAGGCCUCGAUGGUGACGAUGACGAUGAUGAUGACGAUGAUGAUGACGAUGAUGAUGAUGACGAUGGCGAUGACGGUGGUGAUGAUAUAUUGGAUGCAUUCUAAUGAUUGGACCUGUCUUUCCUGUUAUACCGUCAGCCUUUUUGCUCCUCAUUAACUUGAUUUAAAUAUGUAAUUUAUUGUACUUUUUCAGAGUUCAGUGCAUCAUGGUCACUGAGUUACGGCAUAAAUUAACGUUAAAACACUGCUCCGCUGAUUUAGCUUUGCACUCCUAUUACACUGUUGGACUGACAAUGGGCAGCUAAAAAAAGCAUCAAAAUCAAAGCAGCAGAACCAGAAAUGCUGUCUUUUUUACAUAACAAAUUAUUUUUUGUCCAAUCUCGAAAUCCAUCUGCUAUUGGUUGAAUUACGAUAAGUCUUUGUGGUCAACCGCCAAUAUUUUGAAAGAUCUGCUAGAGCCAGCCGAUAUCACGGUCAAGACCUCCUCUUCUGUGCAGUGGCCAUUUCGGCUAAUCUCUACAAACAGAUAUCUGCGGAGGUCUCCAAAAUUGCAUUUUGGCCAAUUUGAUCUGCUUCUCAACACGGACUGUUUAUGUAUCUCUCAAAUGUGAUUGGCCAAAACUACUUGGACUACAAACGGACUACAAUCAGAAACAAGAUUGCUUCCGAUGUCAAAAUCCUCUACAUUCAUACGCAUAUAUCUGUUGAAUAGAGAAUUUUCCUUGUUAGAACUUGGGGCCUACAUAACCCACAAUGCAACUCAACUGCCAACAGUUUGGUCAGAGAUUCAGGUGUUGUUAUGCCAGUAGCAGCUAAUGUAGCCUGGAGCUUCUCUUCUCAUUUAUGCCCCUUUUCCACCAAGAUGGAACUUGUUUCUUUCCGGUUCCUGAACCUAAUUUUGAACCUUUCAGAGCAUUCCGACCAAUAAUGAUUUGGUUUGGAAUUUAGAAAAUUUGGUUACCAGCUGGAACCAAAAAAUAUCAAGCGCACCGUGACAAGAUCAGUGGGCAUGUCAUAUUCUACAGGUUGGAAAGAGAGGAUGGGCCAGUCAACACUGGAGAAGUCAAGUAGGAAAUAGAUUAAAAAAAAAAACAGAGUUCCCUGGUCUCAUUAGUUUAUGUGUAUAUUUUUGGGUAAAACAAAUAUCUGUAAUAACAAACCAAAAUUUCACAGAUUAUCAAAGUAAUCCACGAUUUUGCUACAACUGUUUAUUUCCCUGAUGAAUUGUGCAACACGCCCCCUGUUGAUGACACUUUCUUGAUUUUCAUGGUUCCAUUUAAACCUGGUGAAAAUGCAGACUCAUUCGCUAGAUACCACUAGGGGUUCAAGAAUCCUGAAUGGAACCAGUUCAACAUCCAGAGUUAAUUUGGUGGAAAAAGGGUGUAGGAGGUAUAGAGCUGGCUACUGAAGUCUGGCCACUUACUUCUAACUGCACACCGCCAGAAUUUAAAUUUAAGACUUGUAGUAUUCAACCCCAACUUGUAUGGAGCUACAACAGUGACAUUAAAUCUUGGCACUGAAAAUAAAAUUUGGCAUUGAAAAAGGAAACCAUGGCACUAAAAUUCACUGAAAAAAACACAGGCAUUAAAAAUGAUUUUUACAUUUUUUUAAAGACAAAGAGAAUAGAAAAAAUAUUAAAAUGAAAUAAAAAAUUUAUGCAUGUUUUAUUUUUCAAUGGAAUAUAUUUUAGUGCCAAUAUUUCCCUUUUCAAUGCCAAAUUUUACUUUUGAUGCCAAAAUAUAUUGUCAUUGUUCUGUCUCCAUACAUUUGACACUGACUCAAGUGGCAUCAUGUGAGGCGGUUUGUCAGACUUCACGCAGCUCCCUGUGGAGCCACAGAAGGCUUUAUACAACAUUUUUAUACAUGCAGUACAGAAGUGUCCCCAACACCUGUAAACAAACUUUGUUGUGUAAGUCAAUGGAGUUCUAGUUUCUGUGUUUCAUGGAUGUGUAGUGGUGAAUGUGAGUUUGUUGUACAUGACUGCUGUAACUGUGCUUCUUUGUGUUAAUUUGAUUGGAUUUCCAUACAGCUGCCUGCUGCUGCUGGAAAUUUGCUGCCUUCUAUCAGUGUUGUGAAAAUUCAUGAAUUUUCAUGUGGAAUAAAUGAACUAUAGAUUUUUUUUAUUUUUUUAAGGGAAGAGCUGUUUAAGUUUGACUCAUUGCUGAAAUCACCCCACACCAGUGCAGACAAUGUUUGUGCAAAUGCGAUGUUGCAGAAUAAAUGGUUUUCUUGUUCAGUUUCUAAAAGCAUCAGCUGAGAGUAGACAAAUCAACACUUAACGCAAGAAACAGAUUUUAACUGUCAUAGUGUGUCUUUGCAGAGAGGUUAGAAUGCUGCUGGGAAAUGAAACAGGAGAAUGGGGUGCUGUUGUUUAUUUUUGCUCCUUUGGUCCACCAUGAGAGUAAUGAGUGAUAAACAAAGCAAGGUGUUUACAACAUUGGCAACAUCGCCUAAGAGAUUUUGUAUUUAGAUUUUGUACAUAGUGUAAAAUGAGCACAACUUUACCCUUUUUUGUAAAUUAAAAUCUUGAAAUGUCAUAUCUAUCUCUAUUUAGCAACACUGCAAUAAAGUACUCUUUUUUAAAUUA